AUGGCUUCCUCCGGCUCUCUCCACCCCACCCUCCUCGUGCUGCUCCUGCUCACAGUCGCCGCCACCGCGUCGACGACCACGACGUUCGUCCGGGCGGGAGCUCCUCCUGCCGACCUCGCCGAGCGGCUGCAGGGAGUGGGGCAGCAGCAGUGCUGGGAGAUUCUGAUGGACAUCAGGUCGUGCACGGGGGAGAUCAUCCUCUUCUUCCUCAACGGCGAGGCGUACCUGGGGCCCGGGUGCUGCCGCGCCAUCCGCGCCAUCGAGCAGCGCUGCUGGGCCGCCGACGCCAUGCUGUCCGUCAUCGGGUUCACCGCGGAGGAGGGGGACAUGCUCAAGGGCUACUGCGACGCGGGCGACGACGGCAACGCCGGCAAGGGACAGCGCCAUGGCAUCCGAGGGACCCUGGCCGCUGCGGCGGUUGUCGCGGGAAGGAAAGGGCUUGGUGCCCCAUGAUUCCAUGAAGCUGAGUCUGAAGCCAAGUGUGUGUCCACGUCCACGUACGUCGUGUAGGUUGGUUCUCGUGAGUCGUGACUCCUGAGAUGCUUCACGAGUUCAUGUGAUCUUGUUGCGAAGCUGGGAGGCGAGUGGUUUCUCUGGGUUUUGUUCGUGUAACCCAAUCGAGUUGCCUAUCGUUAACCCCAGCAAGGCUCGAAUAAUAGUU